AUGAUGAAGACGGUGGUGAUGAUGAUGAUGAGGAUGAUGAAUGGCCCGGCAGCUCGAACAGGCACUGGGGUCCCGCCGUCAUUAUGUUUACUGCUGUGCGCUCUAGUCUUUCUCCCAUCGUGCGUUCACUCGCACCCGCAGCCGUGCCAGGUGCUGAAACGGAUCGGACACACGGUUCGGAUCGGGGCUCUGCACGUGCAGCCCCGCUUGCUCUCCACCACAACCACCGGUAGCUCUAAAGACUGGGACGCGGAUAGAGGCUGGAUUGGAAGUGAGGAGUUGGAAAAGCAGGUAAAAACAAGUUCUGGUGCACCUGGAUACGGAAGCCUCAGGACUAGAGGCACCGUUAAUGCCCAGAGGGGGGCCAGCAGGAGUAAGAGCCAGGCAAGGCAGCGUGAGGAGAACACCUCGAGGGAGAACCGCGUGUUCGCACCCCGAGACUCGGUCCUGCUCGCGGUGGAGGCUCUCAACCGGGCCGGAUUGCUGCCAUACAAUUUAUCCAUGGAGGUCGUCAUGGCCGUUGGGUCCGGUUUGGGGGAGCUUCCCGCGUUCUCCUCCUCCUCUGCGGGCAGCCCCGAGGGCGACGACCCGCUGUCUUUCUUGGAGAGCGUUUGUCACACCGUCAUCGUGCAGGGGGUUUCCGCCAUGGUCUCCUUUCCACGGAACCGGGACGAGUUCGUCAAGUUGGAAUUCAUCUCGCUCGCGCUCCAGGUGCCAGUAGUCAGCGUUGUUCAGAAGGAGUUUACGCGCCAAAGUGAGAACCCUCUCCAUUUCCAACUGGCGAUGCGGACCGUUGAGGCCCCACCGUCCCGUCUCCUCUCUACCCUUCUGAUGAUGAAUGGCUGGUGGGACAUCAGUAUUCUGCUCUGUCAGGAAUGGGACAUAAGCGAUUUCCUCCUCCUCGUCAAAAACAACACCCGCUUCCACCUGGGCACUCUAGUGAACCUGACCAGUUCCGCUUCAUCUUUGUCACCGUCUUCAUCUUCACCAUCACAAUCAGGAUUGGCAUCAGGAGGGGAGAUUUCAUCGUCAUCAUCUUCCUCUUUGCCUUACUUCUCCCCUGCUGCCUCGUCCUCUGCUGCUUCUGCCUCCACUUCCUCUUUCAAAUCGGACCAGCAGCAGGCUCUCAUGCGGCAGCUGGAGGCCCUGAGAGAACCUUCGUCCACCAGGGGAGUGGUGACGUUUGGGUGCGAGAUCCGCGAGGUCCGGCGCCUGUGGACGCUGGCCAGUCGGAUGACGCUCCCAGAGUUUCACUGGGUUUUGGGGGACAGCCAGAAUGUGGCCGAGCUGAGAACAGAGGGGUUGCCCCUGGGGCUACUAGCACACGGCAUCAUGGGAUCCCCCUCUCUUGAUCACUACGUGCAGGACUCGGUGGAGCUGGUCGCGCGGGCCGUGGGCAGUGCGGCCAAAGAGAACCCUGUCCUGGCACUCAUACCUGGAACUACUAACUGUAUGGAUGUACCGCAGAGCAACGGCAGUUCGGGGGAAUACUUGUCAAGAUUUCUAUCCAACACAUCAUUUGAGGGCCAGACCGGUUUUAUAUCCAGAGACUCUCUCAGCCAGAAUGUCAUCUCAGAGGCCCAUCACUACAUCUGGUCCCUCCAGCUGGACCCUCUAGGCCAGCCAACCUGGACCCGCCUGGGACGCUGGCGCAGGGGGGAAGUUCUCAUGGACCGCCGGGCCUGGCCGAGCCAUCAGGGAUCUGGGGGCGGAGGAGACUGGCGUCGAUCCGCGCGACUGCACAUGCGGGUGGUGACGCUGGUCGAGCACCCGUUUGUGUUUACCCGCGAGGUGGACAGCGAUGGGAUGUGUCCCGCGGGCCAGUUGUGCCUCGAUCCGCUCACCAAUGAUUCUUCGGUUGUUAAAGGAUUAUUCAAGAAGCUCUCGGGACGCAAUGGAUCUGUCCCCACAGAAUUGAAAAAGUGCUGUUAUGGUUACUGCAUAGACCUGCUGGAGAAGCUGGCAGAGGACAUGGGCUUCACCUUCGACCUCUAUAUUGUAGGCGAUGGGAAGUACGGUGGGUUCAAGAAUGGGCGGUGGACAGGAUUGGUGGGGGAUCUGCUCAGUGGCGCCGCCCACCUGGCAGUGACAUCUUUUAGCAUUAAUUCGGCCAGGAGCCAAGUCAUCGACUUCACUUCACCCUUCUUCUCCACCAGCCUGGGAAUUCUGGUUCGUACGCGCGACACAGCUGCACCCAUCGGUGCCUUCAUGUGGCCUCUCCAUUGGUCCAUGUGGCUCGGCAUCUUUGUUUCACUCCACGUCACCGCUGUUUUCCUCACCCUGUAUGAGUGGUUCAGCCCGUUUGGUAUGACCCCACGUGGACGCAACCGCGACCGGGUCUUCUCCUUCUCCUCGGCGCUCAACGUGUGCUACGCCAUUUUAUUUGGGAGAACGGUGGCCAUCAAGCCGCCAAAGUGUUGGACAGGCCGCCUGCUGAUGAACCUCUGGGCCAUCUUCUGUCUGUUCUGUCUGUCCACCUACACCGCUAACCUAGCUGCCGUCAUGGUCGGGGAGAAGACCUACGAACAACUGUCAGGGAUACAUGACCCAAAGUUGCACCAUCCCUCUCAGGGAUUCCGAUUCGCCACAGUUAAAGAAAGCAGCGCGGAGGACUACCUCAAGAAGAGUUUUCCUGAGAUGCACGAGUACAUGAGAAGAUACAAUGUCCCGGCGACACCAGAUGGCAUACAUAAUCUCAAGGCUGAUCCUCAGAGACUGGAUGCAUUCAUCAUGGAUAAAGCUCUGCUGGACUACGAGGUUUCCAUAGAUGCAGAAUGUAAGACACUUACAGUCGGGAAACCCUUUGCAAUAGAAGGCUAUGGAAUCGGUCUCCCUCAGAAUUCUCCACUCACCUCCAACAUCUCAGAGCUUGUUAGUCAGUACAAGUCUGAUGGCUUCAUGGACACGCUGCAUGACAAAUGGUACAAGGUUGUGCCCUGCGGAAAGCGCAGCUUUGCUGUGACUGAGACGCUGCAGAUGGGAAUAAAGCAUUUCUCCGGUCUGUUUGUGAUGCUCUGUGUGGGCGUGGUCUUGUCUCUUGUGACCACAGUAGCAGAACACAUUGUGUACAAGCUGGUGAUCCCGAGGGUCAAGGAGCCACGCUUCAGAUACUGGCUGCACACGAGCCAGAGAUUACACCGAGCCCUUAACUCCGUCUUCAACGAUGACAAACUGCAGACUGUAACCAAGCCUGAUAAGAGGUGCAAUGAGGGAAACAACCAGUCAGCAUGUUGGAAUCCUUCAGAGUCGUCCCACUGCAACAGGCGUAGGGUCCUUCCUCAAGAGAUGCAGAAUGACCUGGAACGCCCAACCUCCCAGGAGCUCCCUGGACCACCACCCCCAUCCCCUCAGUCUCAUCCACAUACUUUCCCCCUACUGAAGAAGCACCUACCCAUAGUGACCAACACUAACGGUCGCUCUGACCUGCUGGGGCGGGGGUUGGGCCAAGGACUUGGGCCAGGGCAGGGUGGCUCCGGGCAGGGGACGACCUCGGGCCCAUGCCGGGCUCUGGGUGUGGGCGACUGCGGCCCCGGGCUGGGUGUGGGCAGGAAGCCGCUGGUUCAGGAGCUGUCAGAACUUGAGGGUCAAAUCCUCGUUAUCAAGCAGCAGCUGCAGACAGCAAUGAGAAGGAAGCGAGAGCUAGAACAGUACCAAUCAGAUAACCAGCAAGCAAACCAGACUUCACACAGUCAGCCCACUACUCACCAGUCUAACCAGUUUGCUCAGUACACCCAGCCCCACCAGCAGACUAACCAACACACAAACACACUACCCGAGUUCUGAAAAUGUUCUCCUUUGUUCUGCCUAGACAAAUGUGAUGAGACAUGGGACAAGUUUCCUAAAAGGUUAUGGAAAAGGAUCCUUUUAUGAGUUUUGGAGAUGGAACCUUAACCUUCUGGAAGUUGAAUCAGGAGUUCCCCUGAUUGCCCAACUGAAACGUUCUCCAGGGACCCUGCUCUGUCACUCCAGUGGAACAUUCCCUGACUUCUGGAACGUGUGAUUCACUAAUACGACAGCCAUUGGACAAAGGUGAACCAGGGACCAAAUCUGUCCUCACUAGCGUGUUGCUGUCACUGAAAAGCUGGCCAAAGUUUCCUCUUCGUUACCCUCGCAUUCCCCAUUUUUUGUACACCUCACUGAUCCCUUCAUUUUUUUCCUUUGACUUCCAUUCCUAAUGCCCUCUACUUCGUCCUUCUCAUCCCUUUCCUCUAAGCCUUGUCUCUUCAAGGGUAAGAGAUCUGCUUGCAAUGACGAUAAGCUUGAUCACAGAUAUGAAGACCGGUAUUUAAGCUUAAUGGGCUAAUUCACCUGAGUCUUAUGCUGAGACUUAUUGAGAGUGUAAAUGACCUGAAGUUGAACCUAUACAGUUAAAUCGUUAUGGCCUUGCGCUGAAACCUUGUACCUUUGAGGAGGAAAGAAAAGAAAUACAAUUGCUGGUGAUUGAUGUAUCGG